GCGCUGACGCCACUUGGAAUCUGGAUGCCACAGCAACUCGCGAUCGCCGAACGCCUAGCGGGCCGCCGCUCCCGCCGAGCUCGCAACGCCGCUGCGCGCGGCGUUAGCCACCAGCGGCUUGCCCUCGUCCAGGUCCUUCAAAUUCGUGCGCGAUUUCUGUUUCAGGCCCUGCCGCUGCAUGGAUUCAGACAGUCGCGACGGCUUCAUGACGCCCACCGAUUCUAGGAUGGAGCGACUCGACUUUCGCCGUUCAGCCUCGCCCAGCAGCAGGAAGCGUGCACGGCUAGAUGAUGAGUUGGACGACUGCGAGGUUGCGAAGGAGCUCCACAACCCACGGUGGUCUGACCCCGUACGUGACGAGACAUACUACUUCGCGGAUGGCAGCUGCAUCCUCCGGGUAGAGGACACCCUCUUCAAUGUUCAUCGUACCAUGCUCUCAAGAGACUCUUCCAUGUUCAGCACCAUGUUUGCGCUGCCUGUUCCAUCUGCUGGAGACGGGGCCGAAGGCUCCUGCGACGAGAAUCCCGUGUACCUCGCAGGGGACACGAUCACGGAGUUUCGAAACUUUCUGUGGGCACUGUACGCACUACCGCAUGAACUGCUGGCUGUGCAUUCGAAUCCAUCCGACUUCCCCCGCCUGCUGGACGUUGCCAAGCUGUCGAACAAGUACUCGUUCAGAUCAGUCGAGUCCUGGGCCCUGGAUGCCGUCAACGACCUCGUCGUUCGCGAGCAACCCAACAUUGGGCUACCCGCGUUGAUCCCUUACGACCUCUCGCGCGCGCCGCACGUCACCUUUACCCCCACCGGGCAGCUGUUCUCGCGCCUGAUCCGGCUCGCGCAGGCCUGCGGGCACGACGCGCUGCUCAAUACCAUGAGCAAUCUGCUGAGAAAGCGCAUGCGCCAGGUCAUCGAUUAUGCGUAUCUCGCCAUGAGCCUCGCGGACGAACUGGACCUGCGAAAGCUGAGAGGCGCCGCAUACAUGGAGAUCCUUCAGAGGGGCAGUCUGUUCCCUUCGUUCUCGCCGGCGCCGUCGCCUGCCCCAGCAAACGCUCUUGGACAGACCAAAGAGGAACCCAGCGUGGAGGAGGAGCAGAUCAGACACAACGAACUACUCAUGUCACCCGAGCAGAAGUUGCGCCUUCUGUCGGGGUACUACCGGCUCACCGCUGCAUGGGAGUCUAUGCGCAGACAUCCCCUCUCCUUCGACCAUGCGCCUACGUGCGGGGCUACCUGGCACCAGCACGGCUGCUCGCAGAGCUGGCUGGAGUUCUGGAAGGAGAAGACGAGAUGCGAGGCGGUGCUUGACGUCGGCAUGGCGGAUGUCCCAGGCCGUCUCAAAGCUGUCGGGAAAGAGCUGGAUCGGUGGGGCUCGGCGACCUAUAUGCACCACGAUUGCAGACAGCUCGCUCGAAAGAAGAUAGAUCAGAAGGCAAAGGAAAUCGAGGCGUUGCUGCCAGAUUACUUCAUCUAACGUUCGACGCGACACGACUAGAAUUCCGUGGACGUGCUCCGGGAGUCCAUCACAGUGAUAGUUACUGACUAUUACACGCACCGGCAUGACAUUCGGUACAUUCCUAUGUUAGGAUGCUACAACAUUGUACAAUUAGAGUACCAUUACACCAGACAGAGGAACCGGAAUGGAUACACCUUUCAUGUUUU